AUGAAGGGCCGCAAUGAAUGGUCUUGCACUUGCUGUAGCAUGCGUGGUCUAGGUAAGCUGGUUGUGACGUUUGCUGCCUUUAUCAUGUCACCAUCUUCACGAUGAGAGUUCUCUUUUCAUCCUUGUGAAGGAGAGUGGUCUUUUCCCACAGACCAUCAUCAUCAUCAUCAGCAUCAACUUUGUGUUAGCACCUUGUUAGCAUGGCUUUAAUUUUUCUUUCUGGGACGAACUAAGUAGCUUUUGUUGUGAGGCUGCCUCUUCGAAAUAGGUCUGGUGCUGCGCCAUAUUAUACGCCACACAGCACCAUAGAAACUUUAUAUUUGUACGUUUUCCGGCUUUAUAAUUUUUACCCCUAUGUUGUAAAUACAUGGAGCAGUAUGCCUAUGCGUCCGAGAUAACUGCGAGGUGCUUUCUGUCUUCCUGACAAAAACUGCACGACUCAUACAUACAAUUUGGAAUUAAUAAUGUUUUCAUAGUCGACUGCGUCCGGUAGCGUAGAAGAGAACAAGAUGGAGGGGCAGCCGAUGCUGGGCGGGGCAAUGCCCGUCGGUACUUGAUCUUCGAUGAUCUUUGCUCAAUUCGUUUUUGCUUCAAGAACCGUUCGGAAGGCUUCAGUGCAUCCCUUCCACUGAUUUUCAGGCACGCUUUCUUUCAUUAAAUUACUUAUGAUGGUUUCGUUCUUGUGCAGGAGCUUCAGCUACAAACAAAAACUAUUUGCAGGCCCGGGCGGAGCGAAGAUAAAAGCGUCAUGGAAGGUUUUGUUUUUUGCCGCCGGUUUGAGCACGGUUUUUGGCAUAUCAAGAUGAAAAGUGUUGUACUCAAAGUGUUGUACCACCCAGCAUGAUCAUAGGGUCGUUCAACAAGAGUCCAGCUGAUGCUUGUGUGCGCACGGCUACUGUAUAUUUGUAUCGAUCUGGAGCUGGACGUCGUGCUGGUCAUGAUUUGUGUCGUAUUAAGGGUGCUACACUUUUCCACAUGAUCCGGUGCGUUUCUGGGUUUGUGGAGCAUGAUCGGGACAAUAGCAAGUCCGUUCGACAUCAUCAUUUUCUCCUACCUCAUGCUCUUCGGGCUGAUCAUGACAGCCCUGGACGUGCCGGUACAUUGAUUUUCGACAUAGUCGUAAAAAAGUACUACUCAGCUGUAGUUCAUCGUCGCUGAUGUGGUCGUCGCUUCAGUGCUGGGGUUCUUGAAACGGAACGUAUACUCAAGAAAGACGACAGUACAAAUAAAAACCAAUUGAAUAUUACAGUAUCAGCAUCCACGACUGAUGGAGUUCCGUCUGGUCAUAUUUAAGGCGUGCCUUUUUCUUACUCGCUUCAUCGGGAGGGGAGUGAUGUACAUUUUUCUCGGGUGCAUGGUAUGCGGAAACCUCUGGGACAACGACACGCUGCCUCUCUUUGGUACAAAAGAGAAUAACGAGCUAUGUUCUACUACGACGAAAAAUGAUGCUGAUAAUUUCAAAGGCGAAGAGCUGCACGCCUUGGGAUUCCUUACGUCUGGUUUUGUGAAUAUGAUGCUGAGCAUAUACGACACAUGGACACGCUCUUUUUGUUGCCUGAAAUGAAAAUAAAUCGGCUUUCAUGUUGGCUUCUAUGCAGGUUUCAUUAUUUUCGGAUAUCUAUUGGGAUUGGGUUGCCUGGCGAUUUUCUACGGAUUUCGAACCGCAAAGAAGCUCGAUUCAGUAAGCAAAAAAAGAGAUCGCUUGUUGCUUGUUUUUGGUGAAAAAUUCCUGGAGAAGUAAGUAAAGUAUAUCAGAGAAUUGAAAUACUUGUGGAGGUUGCUAAAAAUCCGAUUAGCCGUUUUUCGAUUGCUGCCAGGGAGAUCGUGCCGCAAGUCGAGAUCCUUGAUAAUAAAUUUGGUACAGCAGCAGUUUCAGUACAAGAUACUGACUAACAUCAAUUAUUUCGCCAGGUCAGAAAAGCGCUUCUGAACCGAGGAGGACCCACCCCAAGCAUUUGCCCACCACAGGGGCUCAAAAUGGAUAAGUUCGCAGAACUCGCUUUGCGUAUCCAGGGAGUUCAAUUUUCGCAGGAGGAGCUGGGCUACAUUUGCAGUGCACUGUACUUUGUCUUCUUGUUCUUUUACAUUUUCCCCACUCGCAUCAACCCAGCCCUAAUCCUCCCUAAUAAAUGAUAUUCGACGGAAACGAAAACGUGAAAACAAAAAUCAAUGUCAGUUAAUUCUCCUUGUUGACUGAAGCGGCCACUGGUAGUUGGAAUGAAAAGCUGGAUUGAAUUUUUCUAUACAGGUCGCAGUCCUUCCACGCAGACGAUGUAAUCAUGCCGGCAGAGUUUGAGUUCUGGCUCAAGAAUCCUACGCCAGUUUUGAUUUGAGCUCUGCUGAUAUGCAUAUAAAACGGAGACGAAAUAAGGGUGGAAGCGGAGUCUAGUUUCUCUUUGAAACUACUUCAUUUUUCAUUUUCCAUACGAAAGCAACGUCCCAUUGAAAGCCAGAUGGUUCGUUUAAGUACGUCAAUGAUCUGCAGAGACGUAAGCAAGAACAUCAAUAUAGUGGCAUGUUUCGAGGCGUGCAAAAAUAUGGACAAGAGCACCUUCGAAGUUAGUUUGAUCUCCUCAUGACCCCAAGAAAUGCUGCUGCGAACGACCCCAAAAACAAAAAUACGAGUCAGUCACAAUGCGAAUGAACGUUUGCGCUGAUAGCGAUGCUGACUUUUGCGAGCUGCAGCUGCUGCCCGCGAAGACUCGCAAGCAUGUAAAUGCAUGAGGUAUACUGAAUCCAAUCGAUAGUGUUGCUGCAGUGAAGGGCUGAUGUUGCGUUACGAAAACUAGUUUACUUUACAGAUAUAUGAUUCGAUAUUGUAGGCGACGGUCGUCUGUUGCGCUCGUCGUCGCGGUCUACUGAGCUGCUGCCUAAGAGCGCACAAGAACGAGCACUGCAAACAUGCAAUGGGGCGGUACCUCCACGAGAAUGCGAAAGUGUUUCACCAAACUGCAACACAUUUCCAACGGCCUCUGCGCAAAUCAUUCAUCACUUGGCUGUUCAGUUUUGUUGAAGCAACUGUGUGGAUGGUCGAAACUGUUGUGUGGAUGAAGACGAGAUGAGCAAUCGCUGACAAGAAAAUGAUGUUGAAGUUGAAGAAGCCUCAUUGAUAACCUUAAAAUAAAGUUACGAAGCCGGAGUAUCUGUAUGAUCUAUUGAGAAAAUAUGAUUUUCCAAGCCUUCCAUGAGGUGAUAUGCAAAUGGAUUUUGACGCAAAAGUGCGCAAAAGUGCUGUGGCUAUGACAGAUGGGUCAGAAAACUUAAACUGCUGAUAUGCUGAAGUUGAGUUAAUGUUGCUUUGUGUCGUGAACGUGAG